AUGAGUAAAGUGAGAAAGCAGCGAAAAUGUGUCAACUGUGGCCACACACUGUUUGACGUUAACAGAUACACGGCAGCUGGAGACGUUUCAUGUACUCGAUGUGGUACUGUUCUAGAAGAGAAUCCGAUUGUUUCCGAGGUGCAGUUUGGUGAGUCCUCAUCUGGUUCCGCUAUGGUCCAGGGUGCUAUGGUUGGAGCCGAUCAAGCAAGAGCGACAUUUGCCGGUGGGAGACAAAACGCGAUGGAGAGUAGAGAACAGACCAUUAGUAAUGGUAAAAGAAAGAUAAGGAGACUAGCAGCUGCGUUAAAGAUUGCUGAUUUCAUUGCCGAUGCCGCGGGAGAGUGGUUCAAGUUAGCUUUAACUAUGAACUUUGUCCAGGGAAGAAGAUCAAAUAACGUUUUGGCAACUUGUUUGUAUGUCGCCUGUCGUAAAGAGAGAACUCACCAUAUGCUUAUUGAUUUUAGUUCACGGUUGCAAAUUUCUGUGUACUCGCUAGGUGCUACUUUUCUCAAGAUGGUUAAAGCAUUGCACAUCACGUCUUUGCCUCUAGCUGACCCUUCUUUAUUUAUACAGCACUUUGUCGAGAAGCUAGAUUUCGGAGACAAGACUACAAAAGUUGCCAAGGAUGCAGUCAAGCUAGCGCAUCGAAUGUCUGCCGAUUGGAUCCAUGAAGGUAGACGUCCAGCAGGUAUUGCUGGUGCAUGUGUCUUGUUAGCAGCUAGAAUGAACAAUUUCCGUCGAAGUCACUCGGAAAUCGUUGCCAUUUCACACGUUGGAGAGGAAACGUUGCAAAGAAGAUUAAAUGAAUUCAAAAAGACUAAAGCAGCGCAAUUAUCUGUUGAAAGCUUUAGAAAUGAAACUGAGGUGGAAAGUUCAAACCCGCCUUCCUUUGACAAGAACAGGUUAAAUGAGCAAAAAAUUGCUAGACGACUACAACAAAAACAGCAGCAAACAUUUGAUGAAUUGGAGAGCAUGAGUGCGGAGGAACGGAAAAAAUACUUGAACCAGUUGAGUGCCGAAGAGCAACAAAAACAAGUGAUUUUGAACACAAUAAUGAGCGAUAUUACUAUAGAUAAGAAGUUGAUCAAUGAACAGAUUGACAGAAUAUUACAGUUGAAGAGAAACAAGAUGGAGGGCUCGUUGUACAAGACGCCCCAUGAAUUAUCACAGGACCUGAAAGAUGCAGAUGACAAUGAGAUUUGGAAUAUUAACUGGCCCAAAAAUUUGGUCAAGAACCUUCCUACCACCGAUGAUGUUCUCAAAUUAGUUUCGUCUGAGGUUGAGCUUAAUUCCGAUGAUGACGAUGCAAUUGUUGAAGAGAGCCAAAUGACACCCGAGGAAGUGGCAAUGAAAGAAAGGAUAUGGACAAGUUUGAAUCACGAUUAUAUGAUAGAACAAGAACGAAAGAGGUUGAAGCAAGAAGCGGAUGAGUUAACUGGUAAUACAUCUGCCAGUAAUGGCGGACCUCGACGAAAGAAGCCAAGAAAUUCUAUUCCGCCUGAAUUGCAGAAGGAAAUUGGUGAUAUCGUGUUGGAUGAAGAUGGGACGCCCAGAAGCGCUGCCGAUAGUACCAAAAUGUUUCUCUCAAAGACAUCUGUUUCAAAGAAAAUCAACUACGAGUCUUUGCAAGGCCUAUUUGGUGACAAAUUUUAG